AUGACAUCCCGGCGUGCUCCCCUCGAAGACAUCCCUCCCCCUCCAUACUCAGAAACAGACAUAUACUCCAACACGUCCUCUGGCCCAUCUCCGACCAACCCGACACCGCCCACCACCACAUCAACCCUGCGAAGGAACUCAUCCAACUCGGACGACACCACCACCUACGACGGCGAGAUUAUUUACACCCCUCCUCUAACUCCCCAGUCGGCACAAUCCAACACUGCUGCUGACCUUGUCGCUGCCCCCUCAUCGCCGCUUGCUACUUCUCGUCCUCGGCGGAUCCCAGAGGCGCAGGCAUACUUCGACAGCCGGCCGCAUUCGGGUGUUUUCGUCGGUGGCCCGACAACAGUUGAGAUCACCCUCGCUGCUGACCCAGCUCUGACGGAUGUAGAGGCCAUCGCUGGGAUCGACAGGUUGACUGUCGGUGGUGGUGCUGGUGAGAAUGGGGAUAUCACGCGGGAGGACUGGAUGACGUUUCUGAAUUAUCUGCUGCCUGGGUUUGCGGAUAGGACGAAUGAACGGGUGGUGGAUAGGAAACUGAGGGCGGAGGGGGUUGAGACUGGUAGUGAGAAGGGGGAGAGUGAUACUAGGAGCCAGGCCGAGGUUUUCUUGCUGGAGAGGAUAAGGGGGGUUGGUAAUAGGGAUGGUGAUGGGGAGGGGGUCGGGGCGAGGAGGGAGAGGGUGGAGAGGAUGGUGAGGGAGUGGAAUGAGGGGUUUUGGGAGAGUAGGGGGGUGAGGGUUGUUGUUAGGUAUGAGGGCGAGGGAGAGAGGGAGGAGAGGAUGCCUGGGGGAUGGGAGGAGAGGUUUGAUACUCCUUCGGGGCAGGGACAGCAGCAGGCGCGGGGGCAAGGGGGGUGGAUGGGACGGUUUAGUCCUUUUGGUGGAGGGAGUGGUGCUGCUGGGCCUAGCAACAGUAACAAUAACAAUAACGGCAAUGGGUUCAACUUUGGCGGAAUCAAAGUUGAUGGGGAGAGGAUUAGCAUCGGGAAUAAUUUUGUGGUAGAUGGUCGGACUGGCCAUCUCAAGAUCGGGGGCAUAGUGGCUGAUACUAAUGGGAUUAGCAUCAAUGGGUGGAAUCCUGGGAAUAUGUUUGGUGGCAGAGGGGGGCCCCACGGUCGUGGAGGAGGACCUGGGGGUUGGUGUCGUCUUCCGGGUGAUGUCCGUGGGUUUCAACCUCCACCAAUCAUGCCGGGGAUGUCAUGCCCGCCUCGAUGGACUUGGGGUGGUCCUGGUGGGAGAGGUGCUUGCGGCGGACAGAGGCCCGAACGUGGACAACAUCACUACUUUGGUCGGGGAGGACGAGGAGGAUGGUGGAACAGCCGUUGGGGGCAAGGUCCGACAGAACCAGAACAGCCAGCACAACGUGGACGGGAAGGCGAGGAGGGUGUUGGCAACGUUCAACCGGCCAACCAACCUGCUCAGGGCCAAGACCGUGGAAGGACACACCAGUCUCCUUCCAAAGAGCGCCGUCGCUCCCGGUCAAGCUCUGUAUCGAGCACAUCAUCAAGGUCGUCCAGCAGUUCUGAGUCCACCAUCGGCUCUCUACCCGACUAUGACGACCUGAAAGACACCCAGCUGCCCGUCAUGAAGACGUACCUCUCGGAGUCCCUCCAUCACCCCGAACAACAGAUCACACGGGAAAGAGUGCGUCAAGCAAAGCAACAGAUCCGUGAGGCUCGCCGUGCCCCUGCCACAGAGAUCAACGAGCCAGUCAACAUGACACAGGACCGCAAGGCCCUGCGCCGUGAGGUUAAGGAGUUGAUGCGUGAAUGGAAGCAGCUGAAGAAGGAGCAAAAGCGUCAGCGCCGCCAGCUCCGCAAGGAGAAGCGUCAACGCCGAAGGCAAGAGAAGCGGGAGAAGCGUCAAACCAAAAAGGAGAUGCGCCGGGCAGAGAAGGACUUUCACCGUCACGGUCAUAGAUCUGGUCCUCUUCCUGUUCCCCAUCAUGGUCCACCACCGCCUGGCCCUCCGCCUCCCCAUGGACCGUCUCAUCUUUUUCCUCAGGGCUUUCCGCCUUACAUGCCCCCGAUGCCCCCGAUGCCCCCGAUGCCCCCGAUGCCCCCAAUGCCUCAAACAAACCCCUUUGGCGCACCAGCUCUUCCCCUCGUCCCCCAAUCCGAAGCACCCCCCUCCUACCGCGGUCUCUCCUUCGAUGCCGCUGCCAAUAGCCCCCCAACACCCACCGGAUUCCCCCUUGGCCGUCCCGGCCCCCUACCGCCCGGAGCCUGGCCCCAAGAAAGUGACAACGCCACACCCCUCAGAGCCCUCAGCAGCAAAAUACAAACGAGCCGAUGA